AUGAAUCCGUUGUUAAAGGUGUACAAAAGCAAGGUGAUGAAGACACUUAACCCUGACGCAGAGGAUGAACCGGCUGAAGAGGUUAUGGAGACAGUAGAGGAGAUUCCUCCAGUCCAGCAGGAUGAAGGACCCAGUGCUGUAUCUCAACUGGCUAAGAGAAUGCAGGGUGUGGGGACGAAGAGCUGGAGGAGCAUUACCGCCAUCUUUAAUAAAGACGACGAGCACCAGCUGCUGGAGUCUGAGACUGAAAGUCAGCCAGUACCAGACCACCCUCUGGCGAUAAAGCCUGAAGAACCACCAAGACCCAACAAGCGCAUGUCAGGAUUCUGGGAUACCUUCGCCACCAAGUGGCAUCAGGAGGCCGCCACCAAACAGGCCGAGGCAGCCGAGGCGGGUGGCGAGAGCAGCCCGGAGCCCAGAAGUCAAGAGGAAGGGAAUCGGCUAGAAGCGGAAAACCAAGCAGGAGCAGAUGAAGGAGGCCAGGGCAACAGCUUCUCCAGGUACGCUGCGUUGGGCGGGGCCGGUGAAGACGCGCCCGCUUUUAAAUGGAACUUUGUGACCGGUAAGUUGGCUGAAUUGAAGAGCAAAAGCAUGACCAAGAGCAACUAG